AUGCAUAAAUUUGUGACUCCCGAAACUUUUGUUCAUAAAAUUGAAAAUGAUUAUUUCAUCAAAAAGAAACCCAGUCCUGAUUAAAGAAUUGGAAAAAAGAAGUAAACUGAAUAAGAUUAUGAACUCUAUCAAAAUCUUAAAGAUCUUAGAAAUAAUAAUUAACUAAUACGAAAUUAAUAAGGUUCACUUAAAAUAAUUAACCCUUUGAGUAAGUAAAUUAAUAUGAUGGAAACAAAAAAGCAAUAACAAGAAAAGAAAAUGAGAGAAACUCAAUUUUAAUUGAAAAAAAAAAGUAUGCUUAAUGAAAAUCAAUAAAAGUUACAAUCUGAUUUAAAAAAUUUAGACAAAAUUAGUGUUAGUGCCUUUAAGGAUUUUAAAGAAUAAGUUAAUCUUUAUAAUAAAUAUUACAGCAAUACAAUUGGAUCAGAACCAGAAAUUAAAGACAUUCAGUAUGAGGACUUAAAUAUUCCUUAUUAAUACGUUGAUAAUGGAAGUAGGUAUACCUAUAGAGAAAUAUUAAAUCAUUAAAUUCCUGAAAUAAACUAUUAAAAUGAUUAAGCAAAGAAUUUUAUGGAGUAUUAUUAAAUUAUAACAUAAUUUUAGAACAAUAACCUAAUUGAAAUUUUCAGAUGAACAAUUGGAGAAUAAAUUAUUAAACAAUUUAAAAUAACACAUUGUUGUAAGAAAAUUAGAUUAAAUGGAAAGUGAUUAUUUAACAGCAAUAAAAAAUAAUGAUUUAUCAAGUUUAAAACUGAUGCUUAUAUCCGAUGAUACUUUAGUUAAAAUAAAAGAUUUUGUAAAAUAUAAUUAUAUACAUUAUAGAUAGGGUAAACUGGAUUGCAUUUGGCGGCUAAACGAAAUUAUUAUGAUAUAUGUUAGGAGCUGUUAAAUUAGAAUAUUGAUGUAUUUGCGAUUGAUUAUGUAAAUUUAAUGUAAAAGUAAGGCAAGUAGAACGGCUAGGUAAUUAGCAGAGAAGUAUAAUUAUUUUAAGGUUGCUAAGUUAAUAUAGAUGGAAGAGGAUUAACAAAAUAAGAAGAGAAAUAUUCAAUAAUGAAAUACUUUAUUAUUUAUAAUAAUUCAAAACAAUAUAUAAAUUGUAAAAAAUAAAUAAAUAUCAGUGAUUUUAGUUGA